GUUUCUGUCCAAAUCCCCAAAUCGGACUCAGUUUUAGAUUAGUCGGCGAAACCCUAACCGAGGCUCGUGCCAGAGCAGAGGAGAGAUUCAGGCUUCCGACUUCCUUCCGGCUUCUUCUGCUUUGAGCUUAAGUUGGAGAUGAUCUGCUGAUAUGAGUAGAUUAUCCUUUAGGCCAAGGCCCCUUGACAUUCACAAGAAGCUUCCCAUUGUAAAAUCUAUAAAAGAUUUUGAAGAUGAUGAUACCCCAACAUCUACACGUACACAGAUGCUUCGCCUUGUUGCUGAAGCUGAUAAUGAUACCCAGGUACACCAAGUUGCUAGUAAGAAAACAGUUUCUGAAAUACCAACUCCUGAGUAUGUUAUAGUGGAUACAUAUGAAAGAGAUUAUUCUCCCACAUUCAAUCAACCAGCAUCUUACCUACGUGCAAGGGGAGCACGAGCUGAACUUGGAGACUUUGUUGAGUAUGAUCUUGACAAUGAAGAUGAAGAUUGGCUUCAAGAAUUCAACAAAGAAAGAUUGAUCCUUCCAGCUGAAAAAUUUGAGACUAUUAUAUUUAAGUUAGAGGUGUUGGAUCAUAAGGCUCGUGAAAGAGCAGGAGUUAUAACUCCUACACUUGGCUCACCUAUACCUGUACUUUUGACAUUUGAUGCUGCAGUUGAGGCCCUUCAAGCUCUUUCCAUACAGUAUGGGGUAUUCCAGUCAAUUUACAGUUACUGGAAAGAAAAGCGUGAAAGAUGGCUUAAACCUGUUCUACGCCGCCUGCAGCCACCUCCUCCGGUUAAUGACACGAACCCAUACAAUGUAUUUAGACCAAGGGAGAAAGCUCACAGACUUCAUACAAGAAGGAUGCAAAGAAGAGAAAACAAUGUCCAAUCAUUUGAAAAGCUUCGCCAGGUGAGACGCAAUCUUGAUCAAGCCAAAAACUUACUAGAAGCUUUAAUCAAGAGAGAGGAGAAAAAGAGAGAUGUAAUGGAAAGUGAAGUGAGCUUGCAAAGGAUACAAAUGAAAUACAAGAAUGAAACAGAGCUUCUAGAAGACAGUUUAGCACUUCCUGAAAUGCCAUCUUUCCCUCAACAGUCUAAAUUUGUUUCAAGUGAAGAUGAAUAUUUGGAAUCUGAUGAUUUCCCACUCCACAACAACAACAACAACAACAACCGAAUUCGUUUUCAGCCUCAUGGUUUAAUGGACACACCAAGGGUGAUUAUGCCUUCUGGAGUAGGAAGCAUGAAGAGAGAUAUAAGAAGAAGACCUGUUCCAUAUUCUUGGCUACAUAAAUUGGAUCCGGUUGAGCCAUUGUUGCUAUUUACAAAACCUUUAGUGGCAGAGAAGUUGGCGGCCGUAGGGAUAGUGCCGCCGCCGCCACCAUCCGGUGGCGGCGGUGGUGGUGGUCACAAUUUCCGUGGGAGGAUUGGGAGAGGGGGGAGGAUAGUAUUUGAUAGGUGGAAUCCACUUAUGCAUACCCCAAUUGAGUGUGGUGGUGAUUCCCUCCUUUAUAUGCCUCCUAAACCUCGAUCAUCAACACAUAAUUCAUCUUUUCAGUGAGAUCAAAAUCAGUGUUGUAUUUUCUUUUGUGUUCAACUCAAGCUCGACACUAUUUAUUUUGUACAUACAAGGAAAUAGUUGCAACAAAAUGUAGCUUCUAAUCUCCCUCUCUAGGUGUGGUUUUAAUAUUGAUUUUAACAAAAACUGAUUUGGCU